AUAAAAUUUGAAAUUGUUAAUAAAUUUGUAAUUUUUUUUCUUUUUCAAGGGAAAUUUCGUAGUAAAUGUCGAUUCCAUUCGUCGUCUCUAUUCCGACGCCAGUUGGCGUUCUUCGUCUUCUCUCCUCGCGAAUCUGGCCGCCUCCGCCUCUUCUGCGAUCCCCACGCCGACCCCGAUCCCAACCCCCUCCGCCCGGACAUGAUCCGCAAGCUUCGUCUUCUUCUUCUUCUAUUGGCUCUCGUAGCUCUUACCCUCACCUCGAGGAUCCGACUCGGCUGUGCGCACGAGCACCACGGCGAGGGGGAGGAGGAGGAGAAAGACGAGGACGAGGACGAGUCAAGCUGCGAGGCGAAACCCGAUAUCCAUCUCGUCGCGGGUUACCGUCCAGGAACCGUCACCAUCGACGGCCGAUCAGAUGACUGGGCGGGCGUUGAUGGGCCUCUGCUCCCUCUCCUUCCCGCGCUCGAUUUUGACGAGGAUGAGGCUUACGGCGGCGGAAAGAUGACUGUCAAGGCUGUGCAUGAUGGUCGAAACGUAUACUUCAUGCUGCAAGUUGCUGGCGAGUAUGCUUAUUCUUUGGACGAUGAUCAUAAAUGUCCUUCAGUUGCUCUAAUGUUUCAAGUUGGGGAAAAUGCAACAUAUAAAAAUAUGGGAGGUUGUUCUCACAUGCCUGGUUCAUGCACUGAUAAAAACUGCCAUGGUCACGAGGUAGACAUUAUGCACUUUUCUGUUGGCAAAGCGAUUCCUGGACGGCUAUAUGGUAGUAAUCUUGUUGACAACAGUAAAGGAAAUGGAAAUGAUAGUUUCGGACAUCUGGUUGAUGUUUAUGCUUGGAAUCCACACUGUCGUUACCUUGAUGGAACUGGUCCUCCAGAAGAUAAAUCAAUUGGGAAAAAUGAUUGGGUAGGAGCUUGGUGGCACAGUUCUCUAGUGUCUCAUACAGGAUUCAUAGAAGAAGAUUCUCCGUAUGGGAAGAGCGGUGAGCAAGGCACUUACCUUUUCGAAUUCUCCAGACCCCUGAGAACAAUGGAUCGUUUUCAACAGGACGCUCAGUUUACCAUCGGCCAGACCAGCAAGGUGGCCGUUGCUUUCUGGUAUCCAACAGAUGGUAAACCAUGGAGCAAAUCCCAGCACUUCUCAGCUAGCUGCAAUUGGUUGGCAUUGGAUGUAGCUCCAGCCUCUGAACUAUCAUCUGUCUCUCCUGUGUCACCAAGAAUUGGGCCAUCAGAUGCAGCCACAUCCUUCGCUUUGCUCCUAUCGGUCGUCUCCUUCUGCCUCACUAUAUUUAUCGGAUACUGGGUUUCCAAAACUAGACCUGUGCCCUUCACACCUAUCGACAGCCUAUGAUAGCACUAAAAAAUGCACUACUUUGCUGCACAUUCACCAAACACACCAGAUUAUAUCUUCA